UGGAUGCAGGGAAUUACUGGAACGGCUGAACAACACCCAGGGAGGGUCCUGUGCCGAGGGCAAGCCCCAAGAGCUGAGAUGUACUGCAGCAGCGGCACAGGGGCAGUGCUCGGGCACAGAGGCUCCAUCCCCGCCGUGCCCGGGCAGGACGCGCCCCCGGCCCGGCCCGGCCCGGCCCAGCCGCCCCGCGCUGCCUCUGCACCGCGCCGUGUGCCGCGGCCUGCCGCCAUCCCGCCGCCUCCCAGCCCCUCCGUGCCGGAAAAAUAACCUGUUGGAUUAUAAUCUGCAAACAGAGGAGGGUGCCAGUAUGAGCAACGAAGGGCCAGAGAAUCCCAUCUCAUCCACACUGACCCAGGGGCUGAAGAGAAAGAGGGGGAGACCAAAGAAGCAGCCACAGGAGGAUGGUGGAAACACAGCUGCUAUCCCACAGGAUGCUGAAGAACCACAGCCAGUGAAGAAACCACGAGGAAGGCCAAAAGGAAGCAAGAAAAUGACUGUUCCAACUGGGGGAAUGGCAGAACCUUCUGCUGAGAAAAGGCAAAGAGGGAGGCCCCGCAAGUGGACUCAAGCAGCGGUCCAAGAAGAGUCUCAGGGAGGAAAUCCUCUGGAAAGCAGUGACUUGAACUUGAACUCGGCACCAGCCACACAAGACAUCACUGGAAAAGAUGGCUCCAGGUCUGGCAAAACCACUGGUCCUAGGAGAUACCUGAGUAACAUCCCUGCUGCAGCUCAGUAGUGUCCCAGCUGCUCGUGUCUUGCUGAAGCCAGAGGAGUGGAAAGCAAACAGGACUUCUAAUGUUGUAUUUUAGAUUCUUCAUUUGUGAUAAUUUUAGCCAAGCUCUCUCCUGUUGCCUGUGGACUUGUGUUGGAGUGUGUUUUAAGUUUCCCCCCCGUUAUGGUUACUCCCUGUCCCCCUCUUUUUGUAAAGGGGGCCAGCCUUCCUUCUCCUCCCUCCUCUGUCUGCCUGUCAUUCCUCCCUCCACCCAGUUCAUUGUAUUCCUGCUGAGUUAUCCCUCCCAGCCACACCCCAGAGUCUGCUUGUCUCUCAGAGACCUCUCCCUUCCACCUAGAAAGUUCCAUCCAGAGCUUAGAGUGAUAAGCUGGUCUCCGGGGCCCCCUCCCUCCCUCCUACCUCACUGGAAGUUUCCCCUGUGUGUCACCCCUGUUACCACCCCCAGGUGUUAUCCCAUUGGUUGGCUGCUGUUUUCUCCCCUUGUUACCACCCCCCUUUAAGAAGCAGGGCACAUGGUGCCCGUCGCCUUUUGGAGCUUAUCUUGUUCGAGCCAAUAAACUCGGAAUUCUGAUA